GACUGAGAGAAUAAGGCAAUAGCUUUUCAUCAUUUUCUUACGACUCUCUUUCCCCUUCUUCUUCUUCGAGUCCUUGAAUUCGACUUCAAAGCUCUGGUCUCAAACUCAAACGCUCCUUUCAUCUCUCAAUUUCCUUGGGCUGAGAUUUCCAGAAGUUUUCCGGUCGAGUUCGGCUUGUUAUUUCUCUCAGUUAAUCCGGUAGAUUCAGAAUAAAGAUGACUGUCAAAACUCCUGGAACACCGGCUUCGAAAAUAGACAGGACACCAGUAUCAACACCAACUUCGAAAAUGGAUAGGACACCAGUAUCAACUCCAGGUGGGCCAAGAGCUAAGGAGGAGAAGAUUGUUGUUACCGUGCGUUUGAGGCCUCUGAGCAAAAGGGAGCAACUAGCAAAAGACCAAGUCGCGUGGGAAUGCAUUGAUGAUACCACAAUUGUUUAUAAGCCACCGCCUCAAGAACGCUCAGCUCAACCGGCCCCAUUUACAUUUGAUAAGGUUUUUGGUCCUUCUUGCGUAACUGAAACAGUAUAUGAGGAAGGAGUGAAAAAUGUGGCCUUGUCUUCUUUGAUGGGCAUCAAUGCAACUAUAUUUGCUUACGGCCAAACUAGCAGUGGGAAGACAUACACAAUGAGAGGAAUAACAGAGAAAGCUGUCAUUGAUAUCUACAACCAUAUAAUGAAUACUCCAGAGAGAGACUUCACGAUAAAGAUUUCUGGACUUGAAAUAUACAAUGAGAAUGUGAGGGACCUUUUAAACUCAGAAUCAGGCCGUAACUUGAAGCUUCUAGAUGAUCCAGAGAAAGGUACCGUGGUUGAGAAGCUGGUGGAGGAGACUGCUAGCAAUGAUCAGCAUUUGAGGCAUUUAAUCAGCAUUUGUGAGGCCCAAAGACAAGUUGGUGAAACUGCUUUAAAUGAUAACAGCUCACGGUCACAUCAGAUAAUAAGGCUGACAAUUGAAAGUACCCUCCGCGAGAAUUCAGAUUGCGUGAGAUCUUUUGUUGCAAGCCUGAACUUUGUAGAUCUGGCUGGAAGCGAAAGAGCUUCACAAACACAUGCAGAUGGUGCUAGGCUGAGGGAGGGUUGCCAUAUUAACCUUAGCUUGAUGACACUUACAACUGUUAUUAGAAAGCUCAGCGUUGGGAAAAGAAGUGGUCAUAUACCCUAUAGAGACUCAAAGCUCACUCGCAUAUUGCAGCAUUCUCUCGGUGGGAACGCACGCACUGCCAUCAUAUGCACCUUGAGUCCAGCAUUGAGCCAUUUUGAACAAUCUCGAAAUACUCUCUUCUUUGCCACCAGGGCAAAGGAAGUAACGAAUAAUGCUCGUGUGAAUAUGGUUGUUUCGGACAAGCAGCUAGUGAAACAUUUGCAGAAGGAAGUAGCAAGGCUGGAAGCAGAGCUGCGCACCCCUGAUCCGUCAACGGAAAAGGAUUUGAAAAUUCAGCAGAUGGAAAUGGAGAUGGAAGAAUUGAGACGCCAAAGAGACCUUGCUCAAUCUCAGGUGGAUGAAUUACGCCAAAAACUAAAGGAGGAUCAACAGGGUUCAAACCCAUUGGAAUUACCCCAUCCCUCUGUGAAGAAAUGUCUCUCAUACACUGGUGUGCUAUCAACAAAACUCGACACAAAGGAGAUUGGUCGUGGUGAUAGAGCAAGAAAUACAAUGCUCAGGCAGUCUAUGAGGCAAUCAUCAGCUGCUCCUUUCACACUAAUGCAUGAAAUCCGCAAACUUGAACACCUGCAGGAACAGCUUGGGGAGGAAGCAAAUCGAGCUCUGGAAGUAUUACAAAAGGAAGUAGCUUGUCAUAGGCUAGGCAAUCAAGAUGCAGCUGAAACAAUUGCCAAUCUGCAAGCAGAAAUAAGAGAAAUGCGUGCUGUCAGAUCAGAGCCAAAAGAAGUUGAAGUUGGAACUGUAGUUGCUACUAACAAGAGUGUCAGUGCUAAUCUAAAGGAAGAGAUUACGAGACUUCAUUCACAGGGCAGCACUAUUGCUAAUCUUGAGGAACAGCUAGAAAGUGUUCAGAAGUCUAUAGAUAAAUUGGUGAUGUCUCUUCCUAGCAAUUAUGAACAGUACAAUAGUGAGUCAACCCCCAAGUCUAAGAAGGAACCCAAAAAGAAAAAGUUGCAACCUUUGGCCUCAAGUAAUGGGUUUAUCAGAUCACCUUGCUCGCCUCUAUCAACUUCUCGGCAAAUUGCAGAGUCUGAAAUUGAAAACAGGGCUCCUGAGAAUGAUGAUAUUUUGUCUGGUGAGACUCAACUGGAGUCUGAGAAGGGGACUCCCACAAAGAAUGAAGAAUGUGGAGAUGUCUCAUCAAAGGAAAACACUCCCGUUGGGUAUCGGCGUUCUAGUUCAGUAAACAUGAAGAAAAUGCAGAAGAUGUUCCAAAAUGCAGCAGAAGAGAAUGUUAGAAACAUAAGAACUUAUGUAACAGAACUGAAAGAGAGGGUGGCCAAAUUGCAGUACCAAAAGCAGCUACUAGUUUGCCAGGUUCUAGAGCUAGAAGCAAAUGAAGCAGCUGGGUACGAUAUAGAGAAUGACGAGAACACAUGUGAGCCAGAGGAGCCCAUGGUCUCAUGGCAAAUAACUUUUAAGGAACAAAGACAGCAGAUCAUUGAGUUGUGGGAUUUGUGUUUUGUCUCCAUCAUUCAUAGGACACAGUUUUAUUUGUUAUUUAAGGGGGAUCCAGCUGACCAAAUCUAUGUGGAAGUGGAGCUGAGGCGGUUGACAUGGUUGCAACAUCAUCUGGCAGAACUUGGGAAUGCUAGUCCUGCCCAUGUGGGAGAUGAACCCACAGUCUCUUUGUCAUCAAGUAUCAGAGCACUAAAGCGCGAAAGGGAGUUCCUUGCUAAGAGGCUGACUUCACGUUUGACUGCGGAGGAGAGAGAUGCAUUGUACAUGAAAUGGGAUGUCCCACUUGAAGGGAAGCAGAGGAAGAUGCAGUUUGUGAAUAAGCUCUGGACUGAUCCCCAUGAUGCCAAGCAUAUUCAGGAGAGCGCUGAAAUAGUUGCAAAGCUUGUUGGUUUCUGCGAAAGCGGAAACAUGUCGAAAGAGAUGUUUGAACUCAAUUUUGUGCUUCCAUCUGAUAAGAGGUCAUGGAUUAUGGGCUGGAACCCAAUUUCAAACCUUCUUAACUUGUGAGAAAGUACAUUUUGUUGUAAGUACUUCCAUUCUUUAUAUUCUGUACAUGUAAAUGAAUUUUCAA